AAUAGAUAAUUAUUGUAUCAUAAAUGGUAGGAGAAUCUGUUAAAAAAAAAAUGGUGAAUAAAUCGAGUCCAAUUUGUCAAGCGAAAGCGAUGCGAUGCCUGAAGGUUCCUCUCAAAUCUACGGAACAGAUUUAUCUGGUCUUCCUGAUCCCGACGCUUGUCAAUUGUUGUGUCUACGUAAUCCACUUCUCCAUGGAUUUAGUAACUGCCGAGCAGCACUUUAAAGAAGGCAAUCCAGUCUGGGGAAGCUGCACGAUAGCCCUGAUGUAUUCGCCUGCAAUAGCUUACUUCGUGCUGACAGUUUCAAGACCGGACUGGUGGAUGACAGAGGAUGACAAACUCACCAAGGGCAUCGUCAUGUGGUUUCUACUUCAGUUGUGUCAAUUGAUAGCAUUUCCGCUUUUUGCCCUAUAUAGGUAUGCUGGUCUCAUAGUCCUGGCCAUAGACGCCAUCGUGUUGACUGGCGAAGAAAGAACAAAAACUUUAAACGUUGCAUCCAAACCAGCUGCUAUAGAACUCUACUUCUUCCUUCAAGCGUGGUUUCAAGCAGCUCCUCAGGCCAUCUUCCAGACACACUUACUCUUUCGGGUGCAAAAGGUCGACCGGGCGCAUCAGUCAGUAGUCAUCCAUAUCCUUUGUGUCGUCGUGUCGGUCGUCGUAUUGGCUAUUCAGACAAUGUCCUUUCAAAGGUUUGAGAGCCAACGUAUAAACGGCAGAAAACUGCCAUGGGCAAUGUGGCUGAAGAAACAUCGAGAUCAGGAGCUUGAAGAUCUCGAGGAAAAGAAGCCAUUGCAGUCAUCAAGCGCGACACCAAUUCCGAAGGAAGACGCCAUUGAGACUGAACAGAUCGCAGUGGAGAUUGAUAUCGUAGCGCUGCCAGAAGCGCCUCAGUCGAAGGAAGUGCGUAAACUUUCCGACCAGAGUCUUCCUGAUUUGAAACGUCAAAUUUCCCAAACGCCUCCACUUCCUCCGAGAAAUGCUCACUUGAUGCCACCGCCGACGCCAUUGCGAGGUGUCACCUCCGUGACGCCACUUCCGGUUCCUGAAAUGCCAGCUCCUCCGCGGCCAGACUCCAUCGCUUGGAAUCUCGACGCAGAAGAGCCGGAAAGCGCAAAUCCAGGUUUCGUCACGAGAUCCGUGAGUAUUGCAGAGUCGACGCACCGCACGCACAGCCUGCGACUUCCACAAAGGAAAUAUUCGACCAAAGGCCUAGAGGAAGAUGAUCCCGUCGGACGAUUUAUGGCGUUUCUCUGGUGGUUUUUAUUUAUUCUUUCACGAAUACUCUCUAUCGCAGUAUUUUAUGAAUUUUAUCCUGAAAUCCUUGGAAUUGUCAUCGCUGUGCACUACGCUUUAAUGUUAGCGUACCUUUUCUAUUAUUCGAAAGAUUACGAAGUGACGACUGUCUGCAUAAACCUGUGGUUGGGUCUCGUAUACAUCUUCAGUGUGAUCGAAUAUAAAAUCAAAUUCAAGUACCCGGACAAGUGGUUGCUCGGAUAUUACACAUUGGUUAUGUUGCAAAAUACCUUUCUAUCGAUAGUUUAUUACUUUUAUGCCAAUUGGGAGAGCUUCUGGUACAUGUACAUAUUUUUCAUAACUCUCGGGAGUAUGGGAUUGUGCAUUUUAUCCACUACCGUAUAUUUCGUUCUCUUCAAACCAAAGACGCGUCGUAUUUACAGCAGUUGAGGCUAUUUUACCUUAAUUUCCAAAUUCAUC